CGAGACAUAAAUGAGUGGCGAGGUGUUGCUGUGACAGUGCGCACUGUUGCCCUCUCGCUGCAAACACCCAAAGGCUGGUGCUCUCAUCAUCCCACUGAAGCUUCUGCGACAGACAACCGACCAAAGGUAUCAUGGAAGGCACAGAUGACAACAACAGCAACAACCCCUUCAGUGACCCACGCGACCCAUACAGAGAGCUUGCUGAAAGAUUGUCUAGAGAUGCUUGCGAUGAUUUUGACGACGUGUUUGCCAUUCUCCAAAGAUUCCCUCUUCUGGCAAAAUACAGGUUCCAACUCAAGUGGAAGGAAGGGUCUUAUCAUGACGCUCCUCCCCUGUUUUAUCUUCUGAAGAAUCCCCAUGUGUCGGCCGUGCCAAUGGUGGAGGCAGUGUGCUCCAUGGAUCCAACGGCGGCGACAGAGCCUUGUGGAACAGGACGACGCAUGACUACAAGCUUGCACCGCGCUUGCGACGGCGCGUCCAUUCCCAUUAUCGUGGAAUCAAUUUACCGAAAGCAUCCACCUGCACUGCUCGCUGUGGAUGGUAAAGGAAAGCUCCCAUUAGAAUACAUGUUGCCAAGAAAGCGGGAAAGUGCCCUCAACAAUACACGAAAGUUAUCCUCGUUAUCGCGGCUCUUGGGGAUAUGCCCUGAUGCUGUCAUGCAAGAGAAUCGAAAUGGUCUAGAUCUUCUCCAAGUGGCCUUCAGUAUCACGGACAUUUCUCCAGAGGCUCUCGAGUUGAUCUCUUCUCGGUACAAUGAUAAUUGCACCAAUAAAAAGCGCAACUUUCUGAUACCAGGUAUUUUGACUCCAUCAGCUGCCGAUAACGUGUUAUGCCGCGUGUUGGGGAAGCUCGGGCAUUUAUCAUUUUCACCGGGACAACCAUCAUUCACUUCUUCCGAGUCUCUUCGAAAAUUUCUGGGGGCCAUGGCAGAAAAUGAGUCCAUCCAUCAACUUUCGGCGCUCUUGUUACACAGAGAUUUUCUCGCGACGGAUCCAGAGGUUGUCCCGAAAUUGGAGCAAAUAUUCCAAAAGAAUACGGCUCUGCGCUCUGCAAGCAUGACUUGUUUGCAAUACACUCGAAAUCCUGAGGCCGGUAACGAAAAAGUUUUGCCUCGCCUCUUGAGCAGCCUGAAAUGCAAUCAGGCACUGCAAGAACUGAAGCUGGAUUCCUUCCGCCUCCCUGCUCCUGACGCCAACACCGUGAUUCAGCCAAGUCUCGAGAAAGAAGAAACCUCUUCAACAAUCAAACGCAGCGCGCUGCGUAAACUGGUUCUAAAGGACUGCAUAGAGCCAACAAUAACAUGCGGCGAUACUUUGGUGGGCUUGCUUCCAUUGUUCUCGUCGCUCAGAGAAUUGAAAAUCUCCUUCAAACUGUGGUCGUUUAACACAGCAAACCUACCCGACUUUACAAAUGCCAUUGUUCAGGCGAUGCGUCAUUGCCCAUUGGAGGAUUUUGCUGUCUGUAAUGCCUUGGUGGAUGCAACACCAAUCUGCGAGGCACUUUGCUCCAACGGUACCCUCAAAAAGUUUGUCGUUCUGCGCCAAUCUCCGGACGUCUUCAAACCCUACGUAGACGACAUCUUUGAUACUGUCGAAAAGCUGAAGGCUCUUCUGGAAGUUGUCAGGGUGGGCAACACUACAUUGACGGAUAUCUUGUAUCUACCAGGGAAGAACGGGUAUACCAGACCCAUCAUACAACGCAUUAUGUAUUUCCUGAAACUCAACAAGUGUGGCCGGCAGUUGGUGCGGCAACCCGGCUUCAGCAAAAAGUCACUGGUUCAGCUCCUGGAGGUUACCAGUUUGAAUGCCAGGGUAAAGCAUCGUGUUCAGUAUGGGUUAUUGCGGGAGGUUCCGUCUGUGUGGGCAACAUGCGGGUAGAUUACAAGGCAGUAGCAGGAGUAGAGAUUUGGCAGCAGGAAAUCUGGAUCGACCCAAGUCCACUCUCGGCAAUUGCGGACUCGGUGCAGGGUCUGCUGGGAAUCUGUUUUGUUGUUUUGUUUAAAAGAAUUGAUAGCUUUCGACGAACCAUGGGACCGUGGGUUGCUGCCCUUUCGUACUGCCCGCCCUGUGCACAACCUUCUUAAAACGUAGUACACUUCACGGACCCGAGCCAACGUGAGUUCUCGUUGGGCCUCAAAGUUGAGUUUUUCCAUAGUAGCG